CACGACUCACCUGGGCGGGCAGCCCCGCCACUGGUGAUGGAGUCUCCGCACCGCUGCUCAUGGACGUUCUGGGGCUGAUGCUGCUGGGGCUGCUGUAGCUGCUGCAGCUGCUGGGGCUGUAGCUGGGGCUGGGAGUGUGAAUCUGUCGCUUCGCUGCGAGAGGGGUCAUCCCCCACUCAUCUCCUCCUCCUCCUGGGCACUGACGUGUCUCACCCCGAGCGAGGAUGACGGCCGUGGCGCCGGGCCUGCUGCUGCUGCUGCUCACCCUCACCCUGUGUGACUCCACGGGGCCUGCACAUGCAGAGAGGACGCGGGCCCCGAGCGGGCUGCAUGUGCUGCCCCCAGAGUACCCCAUGCAGCUCCGCCUGCGGUGGGAGCCUGCCGGCAACGCGUCCCAGCCGGAGGGCGCCCUCGUCAACUACGCCCUGCAGAUCUUCCACUACUCCGCCAGCAAGAGGAAGGAGCUGCAGUGCAUCCUGACGCCGCUGACCAACUACACCAACUCCCAGUUCAGUGCCGUCGCCGCGUGGGCGCGUGUCGGCGUCGUCUCGUGGCACGCCGACGCUUGCACCAACUCGAGCCAGCGGCACAGCAACUGGAGCGAGCCCGUGGACAUCUCCUCCCCGCGGGGACUGUCGGGCAGUGCUGCGAGCGGCGUGCGCUGUGCGCUGCUCACUGGGGCUGCGGGGACGAUGGAGUGCACGUGGACACGGGGACUCAACGCCAGCGCCGACACCGAGUACUCGCUCUACUACUGGCACAGCACCCUCAACGCCACGCGCCGGUGCGUCCCGUGCACUCACGAGAGGCUCACGGCUGCCGACGCCGACACCGCCACCGAGCUUUGUCACCACUCGGGCAGGGGGGCCGGGCACGGGAAGAAGGCCGUGACGAAACAGCGGAAAACUCGGCCUGGAAUUUCGUCCGGGACGUGGAGCACGACUCACGGGGCAGCAGGAGGGGCGGCCGACUCGGCAGCGGAGGCCACGGGACGGACCGCCGCGGCCUCCGCUGGAGCCGCCGUGCCGGGAGGAGGGGGGGGGGCCGCGCCGGUGCCGCAGCGCUGCUGCGUGCCGCUGGCGGACGUCCCCGAGUACCGCAGCUUCAGGAUCCUCGUCAACGGCACGAGCGCCCACCACGACGUGACGCCGUUCUACUGCCCGCUGCCCGUGGAAUCGCUGGUGAAGCCGGACCCCCCGUCUGAGUUGCACGUGCACCUCAACGGGAGCAGCCUGCUGGUGAAGUGGGAUCCUCUGCCGGGGUACCAGCGCCACCAGUCCACGUGCUACCAGACGGACAUGCGGAUCCACAGCGUGCCGCAGGAUAUGAGUACCGUCGGUGGGGGUGGCGGUGGGCACUACAAGGAUCACCAGGAGGUGUCGGAGCCAAGGGCUUCGUGGCCGCCGCCCGAGCCCCAGGGAUGCCACGCGGUGACGUUCCGCGUGAGGGCCCGGCCCGGGCGGUGCAAGGCGCACGGCGUGAGGGGUCUUUGGAGCGAGUGGAGCCCUGAGGCCCGAUACAUCCCCAGCCCGGCGGCCCUGCUCUGCGCGGACGCGCACGGAGACGGCAACGCGACGGGUCAUCGGACUCGGGUCGCCGAGUACCCGGAGCCCCGUGGGGCCCUGGGCGGCCAGGAGCCCCAGCCUCUCGCCUGGUUCCUCGCCAGUGGCCUCGUCGCGCUCAGCGUCGUGGUGCUGGCCCUGGUGUUCGUGUACAAGAGCCAACGGCUCAGGCGCUGCCUCGUGCCCUGGGUGCCGGACCCCUCGCGCUACUUCAAGAGCCUGUUCGACGUUCACAACGGCGACUUCCAGGCCUGGGCCGGCUUCCAGGCGAGUGGGAAGCCUGCGGCGCCGUCGGCUGCUGCUGCUGGUGCCGCCGGCGACGAGGCGGAGGAGGGCUCCCCGGUGCCGCUGUGCGUCCUCUCCGAGAUGGUGGCGCUCAACGUCGGCGUUGGCGGCGUUGGCGGCGUUGGCGGCACUAACGGAUACCUCAACCUGGAGACGGUGGGCACCGAGACGGCGCUGCUCUGGCAGCACGGGUAGUAACCGCGGCGACGGUGGGAGGGAUCGCCCGGCCACGGACUCGUCGGCACGGCCGAGCGUCGUGCCGGCGGCUAGCGGCGUGGGUUGACUGCCGCCCCCCCGGCAGUGACGUCUGUGGGAGGAGGAGCCUGGCGCCUAGGCCCGGGCAGGUGACCCCCCGGCCCCAAACACACGCGUCUUAGUCCAGCCUCGGCACCCCCCCCCCCCCACCACCUAAAGCGAAUGAUUAGAUAACGAGUGUGCACGUCAGUAUCGGUAUCUCAUUGUCAGCGAUGAUCUGUGUGCUCUGUGGUUGUCUCCUUGGCUCCUCUCUCUGUCUCCUUGUCUGUCUGCAAUGUCGCUGUGUCCCUCCACGUCCCUCCACGUCCCUCCAUCCCUCCAUCCCUGUGUUUCUCUCCUUGCCUCUCUGUGUCUCGCUACGUGUGCCUCAACAACAUCUUGGAGUACCAAGAUGUUGUUGUUGGCAGGAGCGCUCCCUUCUCAACUACGGAGUGUCGCGUUCAACGCAAAAGAGAAGCAACACGAUGCUUGGAUGUUGUCUGCCGGCCAAGUCGCCCUUGACAAAAAGCUUCUUUGCUUUUCGUGCUUUACUCGGGGGAGACAUUCAACUGAACUUCUGAAAGACGUCAUUCGUCGCUGUGGAGCAUUACGGGUCGAAGCGUAUCGAAGCACAACUCCGUCCGACAAUCUUGAAGCUGCAUUCGUUCUACAGUUUACCUGCUGCAUGCUGCUGCUAUACAUUUACGACGUUUUGAAAUCGCAGAAAUGUGUAUACAUAGCCAGGCGGGGUAGGGGGCCCACUACAUGGGGAGGUGCGGGGGGGGGGGGGGGGCACGUGGUUCGCUGCAAAUGCCCAGCAGCUGUGACCCCCCCCCCCAUCACCACCUCGACCUCGCCGUGGCUGGAGAUGCCACUGCUGUUAGCACCGGGACAAGGAAUGGCUUUUACCACCCACCCCACCCCCCGCCCUGAUCUUACCUCAUCCUGCCCAAAUGUAUAUACCUCUCUACUGUGUAUAUAUAUAUUUACAUACUGUAUGACUGUUCUUCUUGGUUCUUUUGGUAAA